AUGGCGACACCACAACCACUUCUUGUCUUCGCAGAGGAUGAAUGGUCGCCUCUUCGAUCGGUCAUCGUGGGUAGGGCAGAAGACUCUGCAUUUCCAUCUGAACCUCUGCAUAUGAUGGCAGCAACUAUGCCUUCGAAAUACGUGAGGGAGUUCAGGCCCUCGAAUCCGUUCCCGCCUGCCAUACUCGCCCGAGCCCAAGAGGAGCUGGACAACCUAGCGAGCAUCUUGCAGAACGAAGGAAUCCGCGUUUAUCGGCCAGAGAAAGUCAACUGGCUCAAGGCGCAGGGCUAUACCGGGUCAAUGCCUCGAGACGGCCUCAUGAGUGUGGGAUCAGCCCUGAUAGAGGCUCCGUUUGCGUGGCGUUGCCGUCGUCAUGAGAUUACUUUGGGAUAUUCGGGGAUCCUAUCCCAGCUCAGCAUGGGAGAUUCCGGCGCCACGAUCUGUCGUGCACCAUUGAUCACUGGCCAGGACACGUUGUACAGUGGCACGCUGGACAGUGGCACAGAUAGUGGCACCGGAGUCGGCGCUUCUCGGUGGUCGAUCAACAACUCCAGGCCAGCCUUCGAUGCAGCCGACUUUAUGCGAUUCGGCAAGGUCAUUAUCGGGCAGCUGAGCCAUGUUACCAACCGCAGAGGUGUCGACUAUCUGCGAGCCGUUGUGCCGGCAGGAUAUUCGGUCGAGAUUCUCAAGACGACAGACGAGCACGCCAUGCAUAUAGAUGCGACCUUGUUGCCCUUACGUCGAGGCCUGAUGGUGUAUCAUCCAGAACGCAUCUCCGAGCACGAGCUGCGACGGCACGAAGUGUUCCAUGACUGGGAACUGCUGGCUUGCCCCAUGGUGCCAAAAGCACGCCAGCCCACCCAGCCACCUUUGUACAUGUGUACCCCAUGGCUGAUGCUCAACGCACUCAGUCUUGACGAGGAGCGGGUACUGAUCGAGGCGAACGAGACGGAGUUCGCAUCAUGGCUCACGACUCUGGGCUUCAAGCCAAUCCUGGUGCCGUUCACCCAUGUGAACAGUAUUGGAGGGUCGUUCCAUUGUGCGACGGUUGAUCUGGUGAGGUCUCGCGUAGAUGAGGCACCGGCUGUCGAGGCAUGA